UGAAUAACUUACCUUUUAUCCGGCUACUAAACAUGGUAAGUAUGGCUUAAGUAGUACCAAACAUGGUAAGUAAUACCUAGGUAACUCACCUCCAAACCAAACUACCUAACGACCCCUAAUUAAGAUGAGCCAAUUUCCUUAAAAAAUACUAAGUCAUCAAAACCAUAAAAAGGUCGUACUAGAAUUUUAAUCUUCUUGUAGUCACAACUCUACUUUCUGACAUCUUUGGCAAACUUAUAUGUUUACAAUUUUUUUUUGAAGAAAUUACUUGUCUAGCCUAAAUUUAUUUAUCAUAUCUAAAAUUUUGAAGUUUCAUUAUUACUGUAUAUUUUCUUUCUAUGUCCUUUACUCAACGCCUUCGAGCAUGCACCAAUUCAAAGUCCCUCUUCAAUGGCAAAGCAAUCCAUGCACAACUACUCAAAUUUGGGUCCAAACAAGAUGUUUUCACAAACAAUCACUUACUCACCAUGUACUUAAAACUCAACCAACUCAAUGAUGCACAGCAAAUGUUCGACAAAAUGCCUGAAAGAAACAUCAUUUCUUGGACAACCUUGAUUUCCACAUAUUCUCAUUUGGGUAUGUCUGAAAAAGCUUUGGAUUGGUUUAAAUCAAUGGUUCUUGAAGAUGGGUUUGCUCCAAAUUGUUAUACAUAUGUAGCUGCUUUAUCAGGUUGUACUAACUUAAGAGCUGAAAAAACAGGGAAAGAGUUACAUGGAAAGAUGUUAAAAACUGAGGAAAACCUUAAUAGUUUUGUAACUAACUGUUUGGUUAACUUUUAUGGUAAAUGUGGGUUGUUGAAAUCAGCUAGGAUAGUUUUUGAUGGAAUUAUGGAACCAAAUUCUGUUACUUGGGCUUCUCUCAUUUCUUGUUAUUUCCAUUGUGAGGAGUAUCAAGAAGGAUUGAACAUGUUCGUUUUGGCGUUGAGGAAAGGAGUUAUAGUGAAUGAGUUUAUCUGUGGGAGCGUUUUGGGAGCUUCUGCUGCGAUAAAAAGUUUGCAACUUGGGAUGCAAAUUCAUAGUUUGAUUGUCAAGUCUAGUUUGGGGAGUAUGGAUCAGUUUGUGGUGACUGGUUUGAUUAAUUUUUACGCAAAAUGUGGUCUAUUGGACUUGGCACGUCGAGCUUUUGAUGAGGCAGAGGCACCGGAGUUGCAUGCUUGGACUGCUGUAAUUGGAGGCUGUGUGCAGUUAGGGAGUGGAAAAGAGGCCAUUGAUCUUUUCUGUAUGUUGCUUUCGUCGGACUUGAAACCGAGUGAGAGAACAUUUUCAUCAGUUCUUGGAGCUUUUGUUGAUGUAAAAGAACUCAGAGUUGGGAAACAGAUCCAUUGCCGGAUUGUAAAAUUAGGGUUCAACUCCUUUAGUUUCGUAUUGAAUGCUUUAUUGGACUUUUACUCCAAAAACGACCUGUUUAUGGAAUCGUUAAACCUCUUUCAAGAAAUGAAAGAACAUGAUGUUGUUAGCUGGAAUACGCUAAUUUCUGGAUGUGUGAGCUCAGGUCAGUAUGAAGAAGCUAUGAGAUUUCUCAGGGAGAUGUUGCUUGAGGGUUUCGAACCAAGUCUAUACACGUACUCUAGCAUUUUGAGCAUUUGUGGAGAUUUACCAGCUAUUGAAUGGGGCAAGCAAACCCAUUGCCGUGUACUGAAGUCUAGAUUUGAUUCCAAUGUGGUCGUUGACAGCGCUUUAGUUGAUAUGUAUGCUAAAUGUGGACGACUUGGUUACGCACGUAGAGUUUUCGACAUCCUUCCCGAGAAGAACUUGGUAUCUUGGAACACCAUGGUUGUCGGAUAUGCCCAACAUGGGUUCGGGAAAGAAGCUUUAGAAAUUUAUGCUAUGAUGCAGAGCCAUGGGGUUAAACCUAAUGAUAUCACAUUUCUUGGAGUAUUAUCUGCUUGUGGACAUGUUGGACUUUUAGAUGAGGGACUUCACCACUUUACUAGCAUGACUAAGGUGCAUGGAACCAUUCCGAGGACCGAUCACUUGGCUUGUAUAGUCAGUCUGUUUGCACGAAAAGGAAAAACGAAAGAAGCUUAUGGUUUUAUAAAGAGCUUUUCAGGGGAACCAGAUAAGGUAGUGUGGCGUUGCCUAUUGUCCGGUUGCAAAGCUAACAGAGACUUCAUAUUGGGAAAAUAUGCUGCUGAAAAGAUUCUAAGUAUCGAUCCAGAUGAUACUUCAGCCUAUAUCGUAUUGUCUAACAUUUACGCGGAGUUACAGAUGUGGGAUGAAACAGCUAAGAUUAGAAAGGUGAUAAAGGAGAAGGCAUUAAAGAAGGCAACUGGACAUAGUUGGAUUGAACUGCAGAAUAAAUUGUAUACAUUCUCAGCAUGUCAUAUCAUGUCCCUUCAAGAAAGCUAUCUGCAGCAAGUUUUGACUGGCUUGACAGCCCAAUUGUUUGAUUCAGGCUAUAUGCCUGAUUUCGUGUUUUCGUUGAAUUUUGAGGACUAAGUAUAAGAGAUAGUAUCUGCACAGAUACAUCCACCGAUGAUUGGUAGGUGACACGCAAGAAGAGCGAAGAAUCUUCAUCUGUGUUUGGAUAACUCAUAAUCAGACUAGAAGAAUCAACAGUGAUACAGAAAAAAAAAAAGGGUUCAGUCAGAGGAACUUCUUGGUUGAAAUCUUAUUAUGUGAGAGGUCGACAAGGCUAACUCCAUGACUUGGUAUGCCUCAAGAAAACUCGGUCCCAAACCCGAAUAGAGGAGAAGGAUUACAGUCAGUUGGCAGGCAGAACUACGACGAUCCUCUUCGUAGAUGCAAUAAGAUUCAUUUAAUCGACCUUAACCAAUUUGCUAUUAAGGCAUAGUUGAUUGACUAUUGAGAGGUCAAACAAAUUUUGGAAGCUUGAGCUCUGCCUGAGGCUAGUCAGCAAGACAUCCAUUCUUGGGUCUACUCCAGUUGAACAUCCCUGAGACAUUGAUGCCAGGGGCUCGCUUGGUUUGUGGACAAAAUUAUGCAGGGAUUCAUAAUUCUUGGAUUUUUUAAUACUUAUGAUUUAUUUGGUUCAUUACAUUAAAAAUAAAUGUGAUAUACGGUGUAUAAUCCAAAACUUGUAUUUGAUUUUAAACUGGAUAAACUUUUGUUUCCAAUUUUUGGCCUUGAUCUUCAAUAAUCCAUAGAAAAGGGCUUUUGCAGACGG